AUGUCGUUUUUCUUUCAAAUUAUAUGUAUAAUAAUAACAAUUAAUUGUAUUAAUGGUCAACAAUAUGUUAUUAAACAUGAUUUUCCUACAUCAUAUCAAUAUAAUUCAUUUUCGAUAUUUACAAAUAAUGAGCGUCAAUUAAUUUAUCGUGUAGAAACACAAUAUUCAUUAACAUAUUCAGCAACUAUUAAAUCUAUUUUACCUUUAAAUGAUUUUAUUAUUGUUGCACAUAUUGAUACAUUUCUUGGAUCGAAUCAAAUUUUUACUUUUCGUAUACUUAAUUCACGUUUAGGAAUAUGGAUGAAUGGACGAAUUUAUCAACGAAAUAGACUUAUUUAUGUUAUUGAACUUGAUCAAU